AACAUCUACUUUAACUUUAAAUUUUUUAAAGUUAAAGUUUAAAGUAUGGCAACUUUAACUUUAAAAGUUAAAGUUAAAAGUAGUACUUUAAACUUUAACGUUUAAAGUUUAAAGUAGUACUUUAAACUUUAAACGUUAAAGUAUAAAGUAGUACUUUUAACUUUAAACUUUAACUUUUAAAGUUUAAAGUGCCACUUUAACUUUAACUUUUAAAGAAAAGUUAAAGUGCCACCCCUAGGUACCAUAUGGGGCCAACGUUGGAGAUUUUGUCUCACAUUGGUUAGUGUUAUUGGGAAUAUUUGCUAUAGCUAUUGAGGAAAAAUGAGGUUUUGACAUGAAGUAGUCACUUUGCAACAUAUGAUAAGUAUUUUGGGGCGAAAAGUGUGGGGAAUGUGAAGGGUAGUGUGUUUUUCUUUCAAUUAAGGUAAAUUUGAGGGAAACGAGAAGAUUGGACCAUAGUAAUAUAGAAAAGAUCUUUCGCUAUCGUUAAGGUGGCCAGGUCCAGAUUUCUAUCUUGUAUACCAGUGUAUUUUUGUGUUUGGAAUUUUUAAUUCAUCUAUUUUUAGUUGAAUGUAGUUGUUUUUCCAUCGUCGUAGCUCGUCGUGUUGUGGUAGCUUCUCAUCAAUGUGAUAGAGGGAAUCUAGAGACCGUCAUAUAUCGUGGCAGACCUUCUGAUGCACGAUAUAUGAUUAUAAAUGACUAGAAUGUCAUAAGAAUAUAUCAACUGCUUCCUUGUUGCAGUUGUAAAAAAUUAAAUAAAAAGUGACAAAUAAGUGGGUCCAAUGAUAUAUCCAAGAAAAUCAUAUUUGUGUCACUCGUAACAACAGCAACAUUGUGUUUCAAAUUUUAAUUGCGCAGCAAUUGCGCUAACAGCUUUUUUUAUAGUCAAACUACGCUUUCUUUAGCGUUUCUGUUCGAUUAUGUAUAUUUUCUUUUUUCUUUUAUGAAAUUCUAGUUGGUAUCAUCUAAUUGAUUAUUCAAAAUUUCAUAUUGCUGGUGGAUGUUUGUUAACAUGUCUUAUUGAAAAUGCUUCUUUGUCAUUUGGUCAAGAUAUUGAUUUAUUUUAUAAAGGGGAUUCAUAUGAUGAUUAUCUAAAUUCUGUUUAUAAUACAGAAGCAAAAAUGCGAGAAUAUUUUUAUGUUAAACGAAUAAAAAAUGGUGGGCAACAGAUUAUUAAUUUACGAUUAUUCAUGAAUAGAACAAUUGAAAGUCUUAUUCAACAAAAACAAUUUGUUGAUCUUCAAUUUAUUUUUGUUAAAUCAAAUUAUACAUCAGAUCAACUCAUAACAAGUUUUGAUAUUGAUGCAACACAAUUUACAUUUAAUGGUGAAACUUUGCAAGGUACAAUGGCAGGUAUUGAAGCCAUACGAACAUCAACAAUUAUAAAUUAUGGUCUAAAUAAUGAUGACAAGGAUUAUGCACGUAUUGCUAUUAGAAUUGGAAAAUAUGUUAAACACGGUUUUAAACUGUUAGCUCCAGUUCGUUUCAAUUUUAAACGAUUCCAAGUUUCACCAACACAUAUUAGCAAUCGAAAUAUUUCAUUAAACAUACAACAAUACAAUCCUAAUCAACAUCAAUCUUAUUUAGAAUCAUCAGUUCAAGAAUACAAUAAUGCAAUUGACUAUGAAUAUCCAUAUAUAGUUUUCAGUCGAAAUUAUGAUUGCUUUUAUAUUCAAAAUAACUUUCGUUUAAAAAUAUUAUUUGCAAGACAAUAA